AAAUAAUCUAUGGAUAAUAACAAAUAUAACUACUAUUGACAAGAAUUCUGUUAUCGAUAUUAAGAGUUCUACUCCAGAAAAUUAUUAUCCACAAGACUUGCAAGAUAUAUCAAAAAUAGUAUUUGAAAAAAUGAUAGAAAAAGGCAAUAAAAAGUACACCCAAUAUACAAAGAGGUUUGAAAAAGCAUUAGAAUUGUAUAAGAGAGAAAUGUAUAAUGAUAAUUUUAUAAAAAAUUUUGAUAUCUUAGUGGGAUCAUUUGUGAAGGCUGUUGGUGAGUAUGAAAAAGCUUUACAGAUCUGCAAACAGCAAGAUACUCAAAGAUCAAACAAUAAAAAGCUUGCAUUCUGGUUACAUUAG